GGCCGGGUUCCUUCCGCGGGACGGGGAGAAAGAGAGAGCGCGAAGGAGAGAGGAUGUCUCUCUCGGACUGGCACCUGGCGGUGAAGCUGGCCGACCAACCACUUGCCCCCAAAUCUAUUCUCCGGUUGCCAGAGUCGGAGCUGGGGGAGUACUCACUAGGGGGCUACAGCAUUUCAUUUCUGAAGCAGCUCAUUGCUGGCGAACUGCAGGAGUCGGUUCCAGACCCCGAGCUGAUUGAUCUGAUCUACUGUGGCCGGAAGCUCAAAGACGACCAGACCCUUGACUUCUAUGGCAUUCAACCUGGGUCCACGGUCCACGUGCUGCGCAAGUCCUGGCCUGAGCCUGAUCAGAAACCGGAGCCUGUGGACAGAGUGGCGGCGCUGAGGGAGUUCCAGGUGCUGCACACGGCCCUGCACAGCAGCUCCUCCUACAGGGAGGCGGUCUUCAAGAUGCUCAGCAACAAGGAGUCUCUGGAUCAGAUCAUCGUGGCCACCCCGGGCCUCAGCAGCGACCCCAUUGCUCUGGGGGUUCUCCAGGACAAGGACCUCUUCUCUGUCUUCGCUGACCCCAGCAUGCUCGAUACACUGGUGCCCGCUCACCCUGCGCUGGUCAAUGCCAUCGUCCUGGUCCUGCACUCGGUAGCAGGCAGCGCCCCGAUGCCCGGGGCCGACGCCUCUUCUCGGAACGUGCCCCCCAGCUCGUACCGGGACAUGCCAGGUGGCUUCCUGUUUGAAGGCCUCUCAGAUGAUGAGGACGACUUGCAUCCCAGUGCCCGGUCCACACCCUCCAGCAGCACGGCCAGCUCCCGCCCAGCGUCCCUGGGGUACAGCGGAGCUGCCGGGCCCCGGCCCAUCACCCAGAGCGAGCUGGCCACAGCCCUGGCCCUGGCCAGCACCCCGGAGAGCAGCUCUCACACGCCAACACCAGGCACGCAGGGCCAUUCCUCGGGGACCUCGCCGAUGUCCUCUGGGGUCCAGUCAGGGACCCCCAUAACCAAUGACCUCUUCAGCCAAGCCCUGCAGCACGCUCUGCAGGCGUCUGGACAGCCCAGCCUCCAGGGGACAUCCAGGCGGCCCUGGAGCUCAUCUUCGCCGGCGGAGCCCCGUGAACCCCCGCUCCUCCCGAGACCCCCGCAGGUCGCAGAGGCCGCCGUGCACGGGGGCCUUCACGAGGCGCCCCUGCCUCUCCCCUCCCCAAUACACUGAUGGUCAACUCUC